GCUUUAUCUUUGGUUACUAUGGCUGUCGAUCGACAAGCGUAGGGUAGUGAUAAGUUUCGUAAAUAUUUUCUGUGUUAAUUGUUUUUAAAUGUGAACUAUCUCACAAUUCAUAAAUAAGCGUAUAAGCAUGGAAUUAAGUGACGUAUAAGUGCAGAUAAAUUAAAGAGGCCCUUAUCUGGGCUCCAGGCUACCUCCCAGCAGUGAGCAGUUGAUACCUUGGUUGUUUAGACGACGGAACAAUGGCCCAGGUGGGAGCGAACAUGGAAUAUCAGGAAUACAAAUGGGCAUACUCAAUUAUGGAUUCUUCUAGAGUAUCAGCUUGCCUAAUAUCUAUGCUGCUCAUAGUAUACGGCAGUUUUCGCUCCCUAAACAUGGAAAGAGAGGCAAGGGAAAAGGCCGAGAGAGAGAGGGAAGCCUCCUUAUUGGGUACCAAACCUCCGCCCAGCUCAUCGUCUAGCAAUAAUAUUACAGAUGUACAAACUCUGAACACAAUGCAGGCGUUGUGUUUCCCGCUCGGCUCGUCCGUGGCUCUCCUUGUGAUGUUCUUUUUCUUCGACUCGGUGCAAACCCUCGUCGCGAUAUGCACAGCUGUAAUAGCGUGUGCGGCGCUCGCGUUCCUGCUUACGCCCCUCUGCCAGUACAUAGCGGGCAGCAGCAGCCGCGUGGCGCUCUGCGGCCGCUACUCGGCGCCGGAGCUCGCCGCCGCGCUAUUGGCCGCGGCGAUUGUCGCCGUGUGGGUGCUCACCGGUCAUUGGCUGCUCAUGGACGCUAUGGGCAUGGGUCUGUGCGUGACGUUCAUAGCGCUGAUCCGCCUGCCCUCGCUGAAGGUGUCCACGCUGCUGCUCACCGGGCUGCUGCUGUACGACGUGUUCUGGGUGUUCUUCUCGUCCUAUAUAUUCACAACCAACGUCAUGGUCAAGGUCGCUACCAGGCCAGCGGAGAACCCCAUGAACGUGGUGGCGCGGCGGCUGCAGCUCGGCGGCGCCAUGCGGGACGCGCCCAAGCUGUCGCUGCCGGCCAAGCUCGUGUUCCCCUCCAUGCACCACCAGGGCCACUUCUCCAUGCUCGGACUGGGCGAUAUAGUGAUGCCGGGUCUGCUACUGUGCUUCGUGCUGCGCUACGACGCCUACAAGAAGGCCACCCUUGUGUGUCAGAUGGGCCAGGUGCCCGGUCCGAGAUCUAUGGGUUCCCGGCUGACGUACUUCCACUGCUCACUGCUGGGAUACUUCCUGGGGCUCUUGACGGCUACUGUCUCGGCGGAGGUGUUCAAGGCGGCGCAACCGGCCCUGCUCUACCUCGUGCCCUUCACCCUGCUGCCGCUGCUCACCAUGGCGUAUGUUAAGGGAGAUCUAAGAAGAAUGUGGAGUGAACCGUUCAUAGCGCCACCGAACGGCAAACUUGGCGCCGACUUCGACGUGUGAACGCGUCCUUACCCGCCGCCUGACAGCUGCCACAUACAGCCGUGUGAAACGGACCGAAUUCACUGUCAUUUUUAAAAAUUGAACGGUAUUUCUUUUCGAACAAUUCUAACCGGCCUGAUUUAUAAAAAAGUUUAUAAAACCUUUUUUUAAUAUGUACUAAAUAGACUCAUGAAAGAUAUGUGAGUAUUGAAGAUCUUAAAUUAUUUUUAUUUUGUAGCUAAGACAAUGUCUUAUGUUUAUAGAUAACAUUUUUAUUCAGUAAAAGAAAUUAAUAGAUCAUAUUUAAAAAUAUAUGCUAUACAUUGAUAAAUGUUUCGUCGUCGUUGGGAUCGAUAGUUCAAAAGCCUGCGACGGUGAAUUCGAAGUACCGUGAUACUUGUUGUAUGUACGAAUUAUGUAAAAAUAUGUCUAUGAUAAGAUUGAUGUCUAGAAAUACCAGUGAAUCAAAGAUUAUUACUAGAUAUUAUAUAUGAAUGUCUAAUGAAAUCCUACUGUUGUAAUUAGGGCUUCUAUCCUCUAUUCUUAUGAUUUCAAAUUCUCAUAUGAUACACAGUGAUUAAUUAUGUGUGCAUCAAAAGAAAUGCGUAAUGCACUUCGAUAAGCCCUAAAUUUUUUGCUAUUAAAGCUACGUAAAUUCGGCGUUAACGUUUAUUUAUUGCCUAUACAGUCCAUAUUUGUUAUGUGCACAGUACGCCUUUGUUAUGAAUAUUGUUACUUUAUUCUAGCUAAAUGGAUUUUAUAUUAGAGAAAUUUGAAAUCUUUAAUUUGAAUUUUAUGAAGCUUUUAUGAUAUAAUGUUGAAUUUAAAAUUUUCUAGAGAGGUACCUGCAAUAACGUAAUUUAAAACGGGACUCGAACUAGUAUAAAACCUGUCCAAGAGCAAAAAUAUUCUUGAUUUGUUAAUGUGCACUAUAUGUAAUUAAUUUUAAAAGUGUACAAAUUUUGUUUCAACUCAGGAACAUUAUGAUAAUGACUGAUUUAAAUGCUAUAAAAUUGUACAAAACAGGCCACAGAAAACAUGUGGCUUAAAACAACGCCAUUACAGAGAUUUUAUUUUUCCUGCACAUAAUUUCAAAUUAAUAACAAAGCAUUAAUGAACAAAGUCUUUUACUAAUAGUUUACAAGUGAAUCUCAUUACAGUUAGAUAGUUGUAACAUUGUUCUACAUAUUAGAAAAGCUAUACAACUCAUAUUAAUUAAACGUUUAUAUGGAUGGCAGUAUAUUCAUGCCAAUAAGGGCCGAUUGAAUAUGUCCCUUUAAAGUGACGACCGCCUAGCCCUUUCAUUGUUGCUGUUAUUUACAUCUGUCAGCAUUGAAACAGCUCUGUAUAAAAAGUAAGUUAACACGUGAUUUGGAUCUGUUGUCCCUUACUUGAAAUGUUGUCCCUGUAUAGAUACAACAUAUCUGAACUCGUAUCUUAAAUAAGAUAAAUGAGAAAAAUCAAAAUUAAGGUGGGUAUUUGACAACAGAAUCAAGCCACUAUUAAAACUUGAAAUUGUCGUAUUGAAUUGCAAUUAAGAAUGUUAUAUUUUUAUGUAAUUCUUUAUUGCCCUUAGUACCUACAUAUAUAUCAGCGUUAAAUAUUUUUUAUCUGUGUACACAUUUUCUCGCUUUUUUAUCAUUGUAUUCAGCUGAGUUCGCGCUAUAAAUCGCGAAAAUGGUGAUAUUAAAGUCAUUAAUUUUGUUUUAAAUCGUGAUAUUUUAAUACUAUUUAUUGGCAGUGUUAGAAUACUCAAACCCGGAUGUAAUAUCCUGCGAAAAUGUUUGUAACUUACCCUUUUAUUUUUAAAAAUUUCACCCAACUCAAAAAAAGUGAUUAAAUGGUUAAAUUCCAGUAAAUGAUCUCCUUUUAAAUUAUUGAGAAUUAAUUACGAGCAAUUGUUAGAAUUGGAGUUUGAAAUGAUCAAUAUAAUAUUUUAUCACUGCCUUAGACUGACGUUAAAAGAUUCUUUUUUAUAUUUAUGUUAAAAGUAAUAUGAACAAAGUGGUCUAAUAUAGACUAAAAUGAAAUUGUUAUUAGGACAAGAUCUAUUGUUGUAGAAUGAUAGGAUUAAAGUCGGUGUAACACUGCAUUAUGUUAUGUUUUUGGAUCUACUAAAAUGCGAGAAGCUAACAGCAUACUCAUAAUAUAAUAGUUCAGGCCUCGAAGAUAGCUCUGGUGAAAAUGUUCGAGUAUGUCAUGCAGAAAUUAAUAAACUGAAAUCUUUUAAUAAAUGCUUUGCAGUAGAGUCAUAAUGAGAGCUGGAUGCCUGGAUAGCAAUCAGUAUUGGUAAAUGUCUUACAUUGCAUCCAACACCAUUUUUUAUAACCCUUAUAUAAUGGAACAUCUUUAUUCUUGAAGUUCAUUCAUGAAUACAGUGAGAUCUCUUUUUUUUUGUCUAACAUUUGCGAGAUGUGAUGUGUAGUUUGACGGAAUAAAUUAACAAUUUCCUACUAGAAAGAAAGGCUAACUAUGACAAAGUAGAUUCAGAUUUUCAUAACCGUACACUACACUCCUUGAUGUCUUCGUGAAUUGUUCUAUUGAUAUACUAUUGCGAUGUAUAAUUAUAAUUCAACCUAUUAACUACUAAUUGUUAAGUAUAAAGGUUUGCAAUUAUAUACAAACAACCUGUUUUCAGAUACUUUGUAUGAUCUAAGUAAAAUAAAAAAAUGUGUCUCAUGGAUAUGUGUGAUUUAACUUUUUGUGAAUUUACAUUGUACUAAUUUUUAAUAGUUGUUAGUUAUUAUUUUAUUAAGUUUUAUGAUGAUAAGGAACUUAGCCUAAUCAGUAUUUUCAAUGCAAAUAACAGUUUAAGACUCCAAAUAAUUUACAGUCAGUGAUAAUUUUUUUUAAUGUUGAGCUGUUUUUGCCCAUUUCUUUUUUUUUAACCGUAUUAAAAUGUACAUGUAAUUGAACAUUUUUCACUUAUAACAUUUGACUGACUGUAUGACUUGAGCUGUUAUAUCUUGUUUUUUACUAAUAAGAGUUUAAAGUAAAUGUCUGAUCUUUAUUAUCAGCAUUUUUGUAAUAGAAAUACAUUUUGUUCAAAAUUAUAAUAAAUAUCAAGUUUUUGAUGUGUAAAUAUCUAAAAUGUAUGUUUUAAGGAUAAUGUAAUAUUGUUUCACUGUCCCAUUGCAUCACAUGUAGACUAUUCUGUAUAUAAUUUCGAUACAUGACAUUCUACUUAUCCAAUAAAUUGGAAAA